AGGCCUUCACGAUCUACACGUUCUUUCAGUUACUUAUCAACUUCCUCGGAGGCGAACGAGCCCUGAUCAUUAUGACCCAUGGCCGUGCUCCCGUCCAGCAUGCUUGGCCUCUGAACCAUUGCCUUCCCAAAGUCGACAUCUCCGAUCCCCAGACAUUUUUGGCCGUCAAGCGCGGCAUUCUCCAAUACACAUGGCUGAAGCCCAUUUUGGCCACGGUCUCCAUAAUCAUGAAAGCGACCGAUACAUAUCAGGAGGGCUAUUUGGGUCUCACAUCAGGUUAUCUCUGGACGGGAAUUGUGUAUAACGUCAGCGUGACAGUCAGUCUCUACGCAUUGGCAAUGUUCUGGGUCUGCCUGCACAACGACCUGGCGCCUUUCCGUCCUGUCCCUAAGUUUCUCUGUGUGAAACUUAUCAUCUUUGCAUCUUACUGGCAGGGGUUCUUCCUGUCGAUUCUGCAAUGGCUGGGGGCUUUGUCCAACGGCGUUGCAGGCUACACCCCCGAUAAUCUGGCUGCCGCCAUUCAAGACACUUUGAUCUGCUUUGAAAUGCCGAUCUUCGCGAUCACCCAUUGGUAUGCCUUUUCCUGGCAUGACUAUGCCGACCCCACUAUCUCUGCUGCUCGGUUGCCCGUUGUCUAUGCUCUUCGAGACGCCUUCGGUAUUAGGGAUCUCAUUGAAGACACAAAGAUGACGCUGCGCGGUGAGAAUUAUGAGUACCGCCUCUUCGAUUCGGGGGAUCACAUCAUCGCACACGAAGAAUCCGAGUCUCGUCUUCGACGGGUGAUGCAUGGCAUGAGGUACGAGCGUGGAGGAAAGGCGAAAUACUGGAUUCCUAAGCCUGGCGAGGUGAAUAGUCGGACUCCGUUGCUGUCGGGCUUCGACGCAGGCUCGCGCAGGCAACGCAGCAGCACUUUGGACCGAUACCGCUCUCCUCCUGGUGAAAUCGAGGAAUUCGAAGUUGAUCAAGACGACGAAGGGAUCUUCAAUCAAGCUCGCGCGCUGGAAUUCGGCGACUGGAAUGUAAGUCGUGGCGUCCUCCCUAUUCAAUUUAGACUGACAGAGGCCGAUAAUUCUCACUAGUAUCCUGUGAUCACGGCCAACGAGGUCCCUAGAGACCAACGUUUAACGGGACCUGCCACUUACCAACCCGUCCAGCCACCCGAAGUUGUCAAGAAGGCUCGCAAACAGCGGAAAGCUCGCGUCUCGCAAGGAUCCAAGAGCACCCACCGAAGCCACAGUACCACCUCGAGCCGGUCUCGUAACGAUUCUCUCGGUAGCCCGAGCUCGCGACCACCCGCCACGAGCUCGGCAUCUCAUAGUUCCCACCGCAGUCAGUUAGUGGAUCUCGUCGUCGAGGACCGGGAAGCCGAAGCGGAAGAGCAGGUUCACGUCCAGCGAGCAUUUGGUUCAACGACAAUAGAGCCUGAACACAAGCACUUCCGGUUAGUAAACUCCACGGUCACACGAGAAAUGCCCGAUUCCCAAUCGCUCCAGUUAACCUUAAAUUCCA